GUAAUGGCGGCGGCGGGGGCGACGGCGACGGCGACAGCAGCUGCUGCUGUGGAAUGCAAUCUCCGGAUGGGAAUGCCGUUCUUGAACGGUUCGGAUGGUCUGUCUUCGUUGAGAAGUAAGAGUUCAUCAUUCUCGACUCAAACAAGAAGAAGAAGUGAUAGGAAGGUUUCUUUCUUCCCUGUUUUGUCGAUGAAGACCACGGAGAAAGACCAGACUGUUGAUUUGGGGUCUGUCAACGGUGCUUUGAAUCUUUCAAGCAAUACUAAUUUGGGAGGGACAAGGAUAACUAAAAAUGCUCAGAGAAAAACAAAGAUAGUUUGUACGAUUGGUCCAUCUACAUGUACACGUGAAAUGAUAUGGAAAUUGGCUGAAACUGGAAUGAAUGUGGCGCGAUUAAAUAUGUCCCAUGGGGAUCAUGCUUCACACCAAAAAACUAUCGAUCUGGUUAAAGAAUACAAUGCACAAUUUGAAGACAAGGUUAUUGCCAUAAUGCUUGAUACCAAGGGCCCUGAAGUUAGAAGUGGAGAUGUGCCACAACCAAUUUUGCUCAAGGAGGGACAGGAAUUCAAUUUUACUAUUAAAAGAGGAGUCAGCACAGAGAACACUGUUAGUGUAAACUAUGAUGACUUUGUGGACGAUGUUGAGGUUGGCGACAUUCUUUUGGUUGAUGGAGGAAUGAUGUCAUUGGUAGUAAAGUCAAAAACAAAGGAUAUGGUUAAAUGUGAAGUUAUUGAUGGUGGGGAACUCAAAUCAAGGCGUCAUUUAAAUGUUCGAGGAAAAAGUGCCACUCUCCCUUCAAUAACAGAAAAAGAUUGGGAAGAUAUCAAGUUUGGCGUGGACAACAAAGUUGAUUUCUAUGCCGUGUCUUUUGUAAAAGAUGCUGAAGUAGUCUAUGAAUUGAAAAAUUAUCUCAAAAGCUGCAAUGCAGAUAUUCAUGUCAUUGUUAAAAUUGAAAGUGCAGAUUCUAUACCAAAUCUUGAUUCAAUAAUUUCUGCAUGUGAUGGGGCAAUGGUUGCUCGAGGAGACCUUGGAGCUGAACUCCCAAUCGAGGACGUUCCUUUGUUGCAGGAGGAGAUCAUUAGAAAGUGUCAUAGCGUGCAGAAACCAGUCAUAGUAGCGACAAACAUGUUGGAAAGCAUGAUAAAUCAUCCAACUCCAACAAGGGCAGAGGUAUCUGACAUUGCAAUUGCAGUAAGAGAAAGUGCUGAUGCGGUCAUGCUUUCUGGAGAAACUGCGCAUGGGAAGUAUCCAUUGAAAGCAGUCAAAGUAAUGCACACAGUGGCAUUGAGGACUGAAUCAAGUCUGCCAAACAGCACUACUACUCCCAUUCAUUCUACUGCCUUUAAGGUACAGAGCCAUAUGAGUACUAUGUUCGCCUUCCAUGCAACCACAAUGGCAAAUACCCUUGGCACCCCGAUCAUUGUCUUCACAAGAACAGGAUCCAUGGCUGUACUUUUAAGCCAUUUCCGUCCGUCUGCAACAAUCUUUGCCUUCACAAGUGUGGAACGGGUUAAGCAAAGACUGGCACUCUAUCAAGGUGUGAUCCCCAUAUAUAUGAAUUUCUCAGAUGAUGCAGAGGAGACCUUCUCUCGAGCACUAAAUAUUUUGCUGAGUAAAAAUCUGCUGGAGGAGGGAGAGCAUGUCACCAUUGUCCAAAGUGGAUUGCAACCAAUCUGGCGUCAAGAAUCUACACAUCAUAUUCAAGUCCGCAAGGUCAAAGGCGACCUACGUGCUUAGGAAAAGCCUGUUGUUUUCAAUCAAGAUUAAUUUUUGAUUAUAUAUUAGUCAAAUUAAGUAUACAUAUUAACUUACAUGUUACUGUCAUCAAAAUACUUCAUGUUGUCACCAAUUAGAAAGAGAAACAGAGAAAAUCAUGAAUUUGACAAACCAGGAAAUUUUUAGGCAGUUGUGCAAGUUCUUUUAUAAAAUAUGAAUGAAAUGGUUGAU